AAUGGAGUUGUCAAGCGGCACACGUGAUUAUUCCGGAAGAUUUCCGGCACGUGAAACUCCACGCGAGAGUGUUUUUUUCUCGGUAAAAACUGGGUGAAAACCCAAAGAAAACAGUGAAAUAAUGCAGCAAAGCACGGCAGAGGUGGCGAGACUGCCACAGAAGCGCUACUAUAGACAGAGGGCACACUCGAAUCCCCAUUCUGACCAUACAUUCGAUUAUCCAUAUCAUCCUGAUGACAUGGUGUGGCGGAGUUUGUAUCCAAACAUUGGGGAUCAACAAGUGGAGUUUCUGGACAUUGGAUGCGGCUACGGAGGCUUCCUGAUUGAGCUGGGAAGGACAUAUCCAGAGAAAUUCGCCUUGGGAGUGGAGAUAAGAGUGAAAGUGUCGGACUACGUGAUGGACAAGAUAAAAGCACUGCGAGCAAAUGAACAGGGAUCUUAUCAGAACAUCGCCUGUAUCCGCACAAAUGCCAUGAAGUACUUGCCCAACUACUUCCACAAGGGUCAAUUGACGAAGAUGUUCUUUCUCUAUCCGGAUCCGCACUUCAAGAAGGCCAAGCACAAGUGGCGGAUCAUCAAUUCAUCGCUGUUGACGGAGUACAGCUACUUUCUGCGCAGCGGAGGGAUGAUCUACACAAUAACCGACGUGGAAGAUCUGCACCAAUGGAUGGUGAAGCACAUAACUGAUCAUCCCAACUUCCAAAGGAUUCCUCUUGAGCAAUUGGUUGAUGAUCCACUGGUGGAGAAACUGUACGAGACAAGCGAGGAGGGCAUGAAGGUGUCGCGGAACAAAGGAAGCAAAUAUGUGGCAAUUUUUCGACGACUUUGAAGAGAUUCUCCAGACUCAAUUGACAUUAUACGCUGAAUUUUGUAUUCUUAUAACAAGGAAAUAAGACACAGAAAACGAUUCAGUGAGAUUUAUGCUUAAUUAUACCAGACAGAUUACUCUGCAAUCGUU